AUGGAUGCAGCUACUUGCAGCUCUGGUUGCAGCCAGCAAAGCACUGAACAUUGGAAGAAGUCCGCUCCCUGUUCUGAACUGAAGCCCCUUACUUCCUCAGACUCAGACAGAGACCCAGUGGGUCUUCAUAGCCCGCUGCGUGCUGCAGGGCAACCCUCGGAGCCUCAUGCAGAGCUGAAAUCCAUGGACAGGAUGGAGAAUUUCAGUACUGCUUUCAAAAGAGACUUCUCUGAGCUCUCCGCUACUAGAAGUAGUUCUGUUAGUCCAAAGGAUAGUUCCACCCAAGGAUACCUCACCACUUCGAACUCUUCCUCACUCCACUUCCAUCCUGGCACCAGGAGCCCGGAAGGACAAACCACUGGACAGGAGCAAGAGGCUGGUGUCAGAAAGUGUGAGGAUGACAAAGUCCAGAUCCAAGGCAAGACCUUAGCAGACAGCUACAUUGCUGUAAAAGUGGCCCAUGUGAACGGCAGUGAGGACAGCUCAGACAGCUGCCUGGGGUCUCAGAAGAACUCUUUCAAAGCUUUACCAGAAGAGGGUUGGGAUUCAGGGUUUCCAGUGAACUCUCCUCGAAGAGCUGACAAAGAGAACGCUUUACAGUGCAGCUCCAAAGCAUCUUUGCACCAGGAUUUAGAAACAAACGAAGAAGAUGCAAGACCAAAGCAAGAAAACCAUCUCCAUGCCCUGGGAAAGACUAAGGGGGGCUACCACACCCAUCCUGGCGAAAAGAAUCCGUGUGAGCAUUCCAAAGACGGAUGGGUGGCCUCUGCACCAGUGCCAGGGAUACACAAAGCCUCCAGUGGGCGCUCAAGAGCGAAGACAGGGUCCUCAUCCGUCAAAACAGCUCGGAAGAACAAACGGGCAUCGGGACUGAGAAUAAAUGACUAUGACAACCAAUGUGACGUUGUCUAUAUCAGCCAGCCAAUAACUGAAUGCCACCUGGAGAGCCAGCGGUCAGUGUCCCGGAGGACAGCUCGGAAGAGCACCCGCGGGUAUUAUUUCAAUGGCGAGUGCUGUGAGCUGCCAACUGUCCGCACGCUGGUGAAAAGCUCCCGAGUGGGAGAGAGAGGAAACGGUCCGGCGCGGAGGACGGAAGCAUUACUGAGCGCUAAGCAGAGCCCGGCGCUCUCUGGAGGCGAGCCUUCGGAGGCAGCCCAAGCUGUGGGGAAAGAGGCUGACAAAAGAGCGUCCCUCAGGCUCCUGUCCAAAGGGGCUCCCCCCAGCAGAGAAGCUAACGAGAGAGCAGAAAAGGAGCCCAGCGAGGGCGGCUUGCUGAAGUCAAGAGAAGCUGCUUACACUGAGCCACUGCUGGCUCUGUCUGCUCCCCCCUGCCCUGACAAUGCACCAGAAGGCGGCUCGGCCACCACGCAGCCUCUAGCCAUCGGGCCCCCUGCUGCUGAAGGAAGCGAGGAGAGGAUGUGCCAGCUGCUGGAAGAGGCGGAGGCAAAUGUUCUCCAGCAAGCUAGCAGUGGUGCUGACCUCUCUGGGGACUGUGGGCCCACAGAAGACAGCAGCAGGGAGGCUACAGAUUCGACACCUCUUUCUCCACCAGAAGCUGCUAGUAGGGAGGAAGGUUCUCCAUGCUCAGAAAUACAAGCUGUUCUGGCGCCUCCUGCCGGCCUGGACCCGGCGCCUCCUGCCGGCCUGGACCCGGCGCCUCCUGCCGGCCUGGACCCGGCGCCUCCUGCCGGCCUGGACCCGACGCCUCCUUUGCAGCUUCCCACCACCAUGGACCUAGCGCUUCCUACCAGUGCAGACCUGGUGCACCAUGCAGAGCCUCCUGCCAGCAUGGACCCUGAGCCGCCUGCUGGAGUAGACCUGGAGCUGGCUGGGGCACUUCCUGGAGAGCCCCCAACUAGUACAGACCUGGAGCUUCCUGCCAUGCCCCCUGCCAGCAUGGACCUGGAGACUCCCAUGCAGCCCCCUGCGAGUUUGGAGGCCGAGCCCCCUGCAAGCUUGCAGUCUGCCGAUGUGACGGAAAACAUUCCUGCUGACCCAGAAGCUGACGUAAGGGAGGUGUGGGAAGGCCCACCUGAGCCAGGGGAGGCCAUGCCGACUCUUGCAGAGCUCAGUGGAAUCUUGGCAGGCGAGACUGCCCCAGAGAGCAGCAGGCUGGGUGAGAGAGAGAACGGCGAUGGUGAAAUGCCACCAGGACCUGACACUUCAGAAACGGAUGGUAAAGGGAGCGUCUUGUCCAAAGAAAACCCAGAGAAGAAGCAAAAGAAAGGCAGGAGAGCGCUCGUAGCAUCAGACCGGCGUCUCCGCAGCCAGCAAUCCCAGCCACCCACGGAAGCCAGUGCUGAAAAGUCUGGUUCCUCCACCUCUCUGCAGCUUCCCUGUCUUCAGAUUAAGCUUUCUAAAAGUCCCGGUGCAAAGCGUUUUAGGAGGGAGGUGCACCUUGACGGAGCAGCAUCCGUGUGCUUCCCAAAGGAUUGCUUCCACAAAACACUGCUGAAGAACAUCCAGGGCCCAGACACCGGGAGUGCCCUUGAGAGAGAGCCCGUGCAGCGGGGAGGAGACGAAAAUGGCAUUACUACUAGGCAAACCUAUAAAAGCAUGUUGGCAAAAGAGAGUGCAGCGGAGAGAGAAGGGUCAUCGAAAGAUGGCCCCCCUGCUAAAGCCAGCCAUAGUAAGUCAGGGGAGAUGCUUGAGAUCUGUGUAGAGGCUAAUUCUGAUAAGAGAAGUGUUCUCCUUCCUAGGGAAAGUGGAACAAGUGUACAGGACGCAGAGCAAUCGGAUGAGAAACCAGGUGAUGUGGAGAACCCAGACAAUGCUGUAGAUGCUGGAAAGGUACAGUAUAAAGAUCUGACUGAUUCGCCUACAGGUCCCAGUAGUAAAAGUGGAAGCAAACACGUCCCAUCCAAGACUUGGAAGCAUAAAAAGUUGGCCCUUCCAGUUUACAACUUGAGACACACCCCUACACCUGUGCACACUGCAAAAAAGAAUCUUCCAGGGAAGGAAGUUCUGCAAGCCAAUCCAAACCAGAAGGAAGAACACAGUUCAGGGAACAAAGACACCACAGAUUUGAAGGAGGUGGACACAGUGGCUGAGGACAAACCAAAGUUUGUGGAGUGGUGUGCUGAGGAAGAGAAUCAGGAACUUAUUGCUGACUUUAAUGCCCAGUAUAUGAAAGUUCAGAAAGGCUGGAUUCAGUUGGAAAAAGAAGCACAGCCAGCCCCCAAAGUAAAGAACAAAGCUGACAAGCUGAAAGAGAUUUGGAAAAGCAAGAAAAGAACCCGGAAAUGUAGAGCGUCUCUCGAAGUUCAAAAGCUUUCCCCUGUCCAGAUGCUGUUUAUGAAGGCCUUCAAGUUAUCCAACAUUUGCCGUUGGUUCUUGGAGACAACUGAAACCAGGUCACUAGUCAUUGUGAAGAAACUCAAUACCCGUCUCCCAGGAGAUGUCCCCCCCAUCAAGAUCCCUUUGCAGAAGUAUUGUUCUUCCAGCCUGUAUCCCAGCUCACUGCAAGCUGAACGCUUGAAAAAACACCUCAAGAAAUUUGCUGCAACUACCCCUGCUAAAAAUAACUUGAAGAAUCAAAAGUUAUGGGCCAGGCUUCGGGAGAACGCUGACAGUACGGAGCCCGGGGAAGCCGCCAGUCCCAACCAGACGUCUCCUUGUGAGGCUAGCUCAGAAGAAGCUGGUGAAGACAGAAACAUGCAGCCCCCUCCAAGUCUGCCAACGCAGGCCAGCACUAGGAUUCUGCGGAAAUACUCCAAUCUGAGGGGCAAACUGCGAGCCCAGCACCGCCUGGCAAAGAAUGAGAGAAAGGGGGAGAGUGCAGCUGAUCAUCCCUCAGUGGAAAGUAAGCAAAGCCGGAAGAGCGUCUGCAUCAACCCGCUGAUGUCUCCAAAGCUGGCCUUGCAGGUCAAAGCUGAUGUGUUUCCUGCGAAGUCCAUGCGAGCGGAAGCAGCAGUGAAGGGAAGAAAAGGGAAAAGCAGGUUCCAGGAGGACUCCUUGCCCAGAGCUGACCCUCAGCCAGGCAGAAAGAAGAGAACACUGCGGGAGAGCAGCACUGUGCCAGAGCCGUCUCGCUCCUCCAGUAAAGACAGGCUGCCAGCUAAGAAGGGCAGCAAAGGAAAACAUUCCGAGGUUCCCCCGAAAGCGCCUGCUACCAGAAAGCAGGCUGCCAUGGAAAGAAGCAGUAAGCUCGAGAAAAAGGUGUCUUCGAAAGAGAAGAGAGUCCCAAAAAGGCAGCUUGGCAAAGGCAGACUCCCCCUCCCGAAAGUCAAAGAGAACCCCGCCCAAAGAGCUGCACCCCUGCCCAGCCGGGACGGGCUCACCAAAUCUGCAAAGCUGAAACCCGCGGGGGAGCCCUCUCCCAGGUCCCAGAAAGCAGCCGAUAAGAAGCCUAGCAGUGGGAAAACUCUGACCAGGUCUAUGAAGAAAAUUCAAGAGAGCAGCACGUCCCAGGGCAAGAGAAAGUUAAGGGCAAAAGUUGACUGUUCACACAGCAAGCGAACACGACUGGAUGCAAAAUAACAGAGAAUGGUAGCCAUGUAAAAACUGUUGUAUAGUAGUAACCCUCGAUCAUGCAUUAACUGAAGCUGCUUUUAUAAGCUGUAGCAAGCCUUUCAAAAUCCGCAGUUAAAG